AUGAAGAGCCUCCGGCUACGUACCGCAGUGAUGCGCCAAGGAGUGUUGGGGCUCAGCGGUGCACUCCACCAGCCAAAGGAACGACACACUCCAACGUCGUAUUCGGCAGUCGGCGUCCCCAGCAGGCACCGUCGUCAGCAGGGAGGGAGGCACAGAGGGCAGCGGCGCAGUGCAGUGGGGCAGGAAGAAACAACCCACAGCCACCCAAACAGACACACACUCAGAAGGAAAGCACUCGACGCACAGCCACAGCGCACAGUGCAGCCAUCACGGGUCUCUCCCUCGCAGAGCGUCGCAGCGUCUUCAAAGCAGCGAUACCCCACGCAGCCCACCACUGCAGUCCCAAUAAGGGGGCGCCGGCAAGGCACAGACGCACGCAUCUCCACCACAGCCACCAAAGAAAGAAACACACAGAGCAGGAGCAGCCACUGCCCACAGCACGUACGGGGCGCACAGCUGGGCCACAGGUGUUGUCGCAGCUCCGCCGCGCAGCCGCACACACGACACCGCCGCACAGACCACACAGCACACUCCACACACGCACAUCACACAGCGCAGCACCACAGACAACACAAAUGUGGCCCACACCGUCACUCCACAGCAGCACAAGGACCACACGAAUGCCCCUCAGCCACAGCAGCCGUGCACAAGGGCACACCUUGCACGCACAGCACCGUUCGUCACAGCGGCACCCUGCAGGGAAGUAGCCGCCCAGCACAAACUCCGCAGCUCCACUGCGUGUUGUCGCGGCGGGGCAGUCACCCCAUCUCACACACAACAGCCACCGUUGCCACCACCACCACCACCACCACCAUCACGCCCCCUGAGCCCACUGUCUACAGCAGAAGAGAAGAGGCACACACCACGCCCGCAGGCACAUACGCACACGACGCACCACUAUGGGAGAGACCAGCAGCCACACAGGCACAACAAAGGAAUCCAAGAAGGAUCGCAUCACUUACCGAAAACAAUCAAACAACGGGGCACAGCACAAAUGGCCCGCUUGAGUGA